UUGGGAAAUGCGCGAGCAGGAAUCACGCAAACUGACGCUGGAACUCCAGAAGCGCGCGAGGACCUUUAAAACCUGCAAACUGUAACUGCAAACACUGGACAUUGCAUAAGAACUUAUUUAAAACAUUUUACCACGUGCAUCAACUACAGGGAGCGAUAGAUUGGGUGCAAUUAAAUGACUUGUCAAAGCUGUUGAGUAUAUUUACUAUAAAUCGUUUAAUUUAUUUGGUCCCUUUGAGGAAACCUCCGACGGGGAAGGACAUUUGGAGUCGUUUUGUGGAAUAACUGCUGAAAUUGGAUGGACUAUUUGGGUGGACUACUGUUUGGAUUUUCCUACGACUAAACUUGUCGGCGUUCGAGAUGAGUUAUUUGACGUCACUGUUACGAAUAGUUGCCGCGGUGCAGUUGAGCGUUUUACCUGGACAGAGUUCUUCAUUAGUCAAUGUAAACAGCACCGCUAAAGUGAUGCUGUUUCAGGAGGUUUGGGGGAAGAGCUUCUGCCGCACUAUAGAGAAGCUGGUGGAGGUGGUUCAGGAGUACCCAGGGGAGGUGGAGCACAUUUUCAGCCCCGCCUGCGUGCCAUUGGUCCGUUGCGCUGGUUGCUGUGGCGAUGAGAAUCUGGAGUGUCAUCCUACGCUCACUUCCAACACCACCAUGCAAUUAUUAAAGAUUAAGCCAGCAGAGCAGGGCCAGGAAUAUAUGGAGAUGACCUUUGUGGAGCACAAAGCCUGUGAAUGUAGACUAAGAAAACCUACAACAAAACAAGACAGAUGGAAACCCAGAAAUAGAGGGAGAAAAAGGAAGGAGAAACAGAAAUCCAAAGACUGUGACAGGUGUCAGCCUCCCCGCAGGUAAACGCUGUCUCGCCAUGAUGCCAGCCAAUCACUCGCAUCCGCCCCCUUCUGUGCGACCCUUACCAUGGUCAUCAUUCACUUCUGGAUCCUGCCACCUCUCAACACUCCUCGAUCCAGACGCAGAGCUGUAAUGGUGGAGGGGCUUUUGUCCGCACACAGGGGGCUUCCAGUCAUCCAUACCGGAAAACUCCUGCUGUGCAGCUCUUACUGAAGAAAAAAAAAGCAACAACAAAAAACUACAGCAGGAGACCAAACCUAAAAUAGACUGACGUCAACCCUUUGGACAUUAUCAUAAUAAUAUAAUAAGAUAAUUAUUUUAUUGUUUUAUAGUAAUGUUAUUAGUAGUAGAAGUAGUAUAGUAACAGUAGUGUCAGUUCCUACCCAGUCCUCCCUCUUAUUUAUUAAAAUCCACUGAAGUAAAGCCAGUUGCAUUCCAUGAUUUAGCAUAUCAACAAAGCCAUUGUGUAUUUGGUAUGAAGUCUAGAAGGAAUCACACAAUGAAAAUGCCAAAGAUGUUUUGUUUUCAUCUCUUUACUGCUAUGCAAGUUGGUUAUGGUUAAAUUCAAAAGUUUCUGUGAGUUUAGCACUAUGGCAAGCCAUUUUAACAUUCAUUCAUUUUCUUUUGGCUUAGUGCCUUAUUCAUCAGGGAUCACCACAGUGUAAUGAACCGCCAACUAUUACGGCAAAUGUUUCAUGCAGCGGAUGCCCUUCUGACCGCAACGCAAUGCAUACACUCUCUCAUUCACACGCAUACACUACGGGAAGCUUAGAUUAUCCAAUUCACCUAUACCGUAUGUGUUUGGACUGUGGGGGAAACGAGAGCAUCUGGAGGAAACACAUGCGAGCACAGGGAGAACAUGCAAACACACAGAAAUGCCAACUGACCCAGCCGGGACUCGAACCAGCAACCUUCUUGCUGUGAGGUGUUAGUGCUAACCACUGAGCCACCAUGUCGCCCGCCGUUUUAACAUUUAAUAUUUAAAAUGUACUAGUGUCAAUUUUCACACUACCAGUACUUACUUUUUAAGAUUAUUACAUUUUCUAUUACAUAGUUGUUAGCUACUAGUACACAUUCUUAUGGUACUGAAGUGAUUUUUUUCGUCAUGGACCAGUACGUGCUAGUACACAUGCAUUGGUACUUAUGAGUUACUUACCAGUUACUAAUAAUAUUUUUAUUUUGCUAAAACAAUUUUUAAUUGAAAUCUGUUGUCAUUUUAUCUAGUCAUAACAUGAUUAAGAAAGCAGUAAUAAAGAGAUAAAAACUAAUUAGUAGUAACUAAAUAAUAAUAAAUACAUAAACAAGUAAUUAAUUAAUAUACUAAAUAAGUAAUAUAUGUAAUAAAUACUAGUAUUAUUCAAAUAGGUAAUAGGUCUAAUGCAGGGGUGUCAAAUUCGGUUGCUGGAGGGCCGCAGCCUUGCACAGUUUAGUUCCAACCCUGCUUCAACACACUUACCUGUAGGUUUCAAACAAGCCUGAAGGACAAAAUUAGUUUGAUCAGGUGUGUUUAAUUAGGGCUGGAACUCAAUUGUGCAGAGCUGCAGCCCUCCAGGAACUGAGAUUAGCUGUGUCUGAAAUCGCAUACUUCCAUAGUAUAUAGUACGCUAAAACAGUAUGUGAGUCAGGUAGUAUGUCUGAAUUCAUAGUAUUGGAAAAACAGGAUGUUAGAAGUAUGACCUACUACUUCUAAAGAUUCUAAAGUGCGCAUCUGAUGCGCAUUACGCUAUCCCAUGAUGCACCAUGUGAGAAUUCAUGAAUGGGAGUGAAGCAACGCAACAGACAUGGGUAGAUCAUGUGAUGAUGACAAAAUGGCGGAUGUAGUACGUCCAAGUUCCGUUCAUCCUACUCACAUUCAUACUGUAUCGAAUGUACUUUUCUAACGGCCGAGUAGUGCGUUUAAAUUCAAAUGCAGUACCUACUGAGUAGUAGGCAAUAUCGGACGCAGCCUUUGACACCUGUGGUCUAAUAUAUCUAAUAUUUAAAUAAAAACUGAAUAAUAUUAGUUUCAUUAACAAACAAAAGGGUCUGUUUAACAGGUAAUACUGUCUAAUAAAUGAGUAUUAGUAUCUAAUAAAAGGUACUCAUCUAAAAAAAAUUAAGUUAUAUCUUAUGAAUAACUAUUAAUAUACAGAUAAAUGGUAUACUAGUCAGAAAUGAAUUAUUGAUCUCAGUGACACAGAAGUCAACAAUUAUUUUUUCAUUUUUUACUAGUGACAACAGAAUAUUUACUAAUUUUGACUGAAUAAAUGUAUUCAAAAGUUUGUUUUAUAGAUUGAUUGUUAAAACGGCUUGCCAUAUAGCCAUCAAAUAAGUGGAUUGACAUACUGACCUCUAGUGGCAAUAAUGAAAGACUUAAAAAACACUCGCAUUGUGUUUUUGGAUUAACGUUAACCUAAAAGUCAUUCCACAAGAAUAUAUAUCGUUUAAAUAUUUCAGUUUAAGCAAAAAAUAAAUGUUUUAAUGUGUGCACUGUGUAAGGACAAAGACUUUGCUCUGAAAGGGCCAGUCAACAGGAACCGAGACAGACGUUCACAAUGAUUUGAGUGAAUGUUGAUGCUUUUUAUUAUCCUGUCAGUGAAAGUGAAUGAUUUCCUCCACUUUGGACUCUGUAAAGUGCCGGAACUGAACCAAAGAAGCAUUAUUAUAUAUGCUGCUGACUGAGUGCAGGACCCUAAAUAUAAAUGCAAUACUUUUCACUAAAGGGCUAUUUAAUUCCCAAUGUAUAAAAAUGUUGUAUGUUUCUAAAAUAAUACUGUUGAUAUGUAUGAAAACUAUACAAAUUUAAGAGUACCUUUUUUUAAUAG